AUAAGAUCGAGGUUACGAUAGGCGAGAGUGAUCAAGACGAAUCAAUAACAUAAUAGGAUCUACGCAGUGAGUUUGCUGCUUCUUUACUUUUAUCAUCAUACUGAAUAUCAGUAGAACAUGUUUAUAAGUAAUUGAAAAACAGUUUGUCACUACAAGAAUGGGGCCAGGAAUCAAGGACUCCCAUUCUCACAGCAGGGGCAGAGAAAGAAGCUACAGUCCAGACCGCAAGUCUAGCAAGAAGACGAGACGAGAGGAGUCAAGACACCACAGGAGCAGGUCUAGAUCAGAUUCAAGAGACCGUUCAAAUGGAGACAGGUAUAAAUCCAGCAGAGCUAGAAACAGAUCUAGGUCCAAGUCCAGAGAAAGAAGGCGUAGCAGAGAACGAAGGAGAUCAUCCUCAAAUAGCGACAGUUCGGACAGUUCUCGAGACUCUAGAUCACCACCACCAAGGGAAAGGUAUAGAAGAGACAGUCCUGGAGACGCUAGAUCACCAGCAAGGGAAAGGUACAGAAGAGACAGUCCUGUACAGAACUCAUACGGGAGAAACAGAUCCCCACCUCGAAGGACACAAUCAGUGAAUGAUAAUAGCAGAGAUAGAAGAGAUUCACACAGAGGUGAAGGGGGCAGGAAGCGAGAAUCAAGAUUCGACAAGGGAUUUGAUAGAGAACAGUUUGAAAAGGAUCUCAACUCCAAAAUCGCAAAGUACAGGGACGACAUCAAUCAAAACGGGGGUAAAGCUGAUAACGCUUCACAUCAGAAUGGACACCACCGCAGACGUGAUGACAACAAUGAUCAGCUAAAUCUUUUCUUUGAGAGGAGAGGGCAAGAGCGACAGAAGAUAUCAGCCAUGGGAAUGCUUGAGGUAUGGGGUGCAUCUCCAGAGAAACCAGAGGACGAUUCUGAUGCAGCAGCUGAACAAGAGGAAGCAGAGCAGGAGGAGGGUUCAGGGAGCAGCGGGAGUGAAGCUGAUAGCGAAGAGGAGAAACGAAGAAAGAGAAAGGAAAGGAAAAGGAAGAGGAGAGCAAAGGAAAAGAAAAAGAAGAAGAAAUCAAAGAAGAGUAAGAAGAUGAAGAAGAAAGCCACCAGUGAUGAUGAGGAUGACUCGGAUUCAGAUGAUUCUGACAAAGCUGAAGACGAUGAGGAGCAGUGGGUCGAAGUUUCCAAAACAGGGAGACAAGGAGACAGUGAGAUGAUCGGUCCAAUGCCGGCCAGCGCUUCAUUCUCAGCAGCAAGUUACAUGGACUUUGGUAAAGCCCUGCUACCUGGUGAAGGUGCUGCUAUGGCCGCCUUUGUUCAGGAUGGUAAGAGAAUCCCUCGCCGUGGUGAGAUUGGUCUGACUAGUUGUGAGAUCUCAAGCUAUGAGGAUGUCGGCUACGUCAUGAGCGGUAGCAGACAUCGACGUAUGGAAGCCGUCCGUCUGAGGAAGGAAAACCAGAUCUACAGUGCGGAUGAGAAGAGGGCUCUCCUGUCAUUCAACAAAGAGGAACGCGGCAAGAGGGAGACUAAGAUCCUAUCAGACUUCAAGGAUAUGGUGCACAAAAAGACGACUAAGUCUAAGUAAAUGUAGAGACAUGGUAUAGCUCAACCAGGCAUAGUCAACUGCUUGGAUGAUUU